AAUACAUUUAUAUGGAACCAUGUUGCCAAAUUUUGCUCCUCCCAGUCUUCGCGUUGAUUUGAAGCUUCUCUCUCUAUCGGAGAUCCCUUCGCAUCGAUUUCGAAAGGGUCACCAGCUGAAGGAAAAUGGGGCUUUCAUUUGCUAAGCUUUUUAGCCGGCUUUUUGCCAAGAGGGAGAUGCGCAUCCUUAUGGUAGGUCUUGAUGCUGCUGGUAAGACGACCAUUUUGUACAAGCUCAAACUUGGUGAGAUCGUAACCACCAUUCCCACCAUUGGGUUCAACGUGGAGACUGUUGAAUACAAAAACAUCAGCUUCACCGUUUGGGAUGUCGGGGGUCAGGACAAGAUCCGUCCCUUGUGGAGGCACUAUUUCCAAAACACACAAGGUUUGAUAUUUGUGGUGGAUAGCAAUGACAGAGAUCGUGUUGUUGAAGCAAGAGAUGAACUUCACAGGAUGUUGAACGAGGAUGAGCUGCGCGAUGCGGUGCUGCUGGUAUUUGCAAACAAGCAGGAUCUGCCAAACGCAAUGAACGCUGCUGAGAUAACUGAUAAGCUCGGCCUCCACUCUCUGAGGCAGCGCCACUGGUACAUACAGAGCACAUGUGCUACAAGUGGGGAGGGACUGUACGAGGGUCUGGACUGGCUUUCAAACAACAUCGCUAACAAAGCCUGAGGGUUAACUGUAUGCGAUGGACCGGACGCACGCUCGGAGCGGUGAAAGCAAUAUGUUUUUCGUUUACUUUAUCAAGAAGAAGAAAAAGUAUCACUUUGGUGGAGUGUCUUUGCUAUUAUGUUUGGUUACUGAAGUGUUUUGAAUUUUUGGGAUUGUGUGAUGUUUCCUUCUGUCACGUAACCAAAGUAGAGAACUUCUUAAGACUGCGCAUUUUAUCUUCUC